AAAAAAAAUAACUAAAUUAAAUAUAAAUUUUUUUUUUAUCAACAGAGUGUGAAAUGCGAGUCACCACUGGUAGACAGUAGUGCCCUGCCACUGGAACACAGAUCAGUAUACGGCCCACCAGCUCAAUACGGCCCGCCACAAUCUCACGGUGCAGAAGAAAACUGGCCAUUAGCGUCGCCGGACACGCCGCAAAUAAAGAACCUCCAGGUGCAAUGUGAAAAAACGCACAUGCGAGUAAACAUAGAAUUCGACCGGCCCUUCUACGGGAUGAUAUUCAGCAAAGGUUUCUACUCGGAUCCUCACUGCGUCCACUUGAAACCGGGCACCGGUCACUUGAGUGCGACUUUUGAAAUUUACCUGAACUCCUGCGGCAUGAGCAGCUCAGGAAAUCACAAUGUCGCGGCUUACGGCGCACCUACGCCUUCCGGAAGCUAUGUAGAGAACACAAUUAUUAUCCAGUACGACCCUUAUGUGCAAGAAGUCUGGGAUCAAGCAAGAAAAUUGCGAUGCACCUGGUACGACUUUUACGAAAAAGCCGUCACAUUCCGUCCCUUCCAAGUUGACAUGCUCCACGCAGUCACUGCUAACUUCUUGGGUGACAACCUGCAGUGUUGGAUGCAGAUCCAAGUUGGCAAAGGUCCUUGGGCUUCUGAAGUAUCUGGCAUUGUCAAAAUUGGACAGACCAUGACCAUGGUCUUGGCUAUUAAGGACGAUGAAAACAAGUUUGAUAUGUUAGUCAGAAAUUGCGUCGCUCAUGAUGGCAAGAGAGCGCCUAUUCAGCUUGUUGAUCAGUACGGAUGUGUUGUCAGGCCGAAAAUUAUGUCCAGAUUCCAAAAAAUCAAGAACUUCGGUCCAAGCGCAUCUGUAGUAAGCUUCGCAUACUUCCAAGCGUUCAAAUUCCCGGACAGUAUGAACGUCCACUUCCAAUGUGUAAUUCAAGUUUGUCGUUACAACUGUCUUGAGCCAAAAUGUGGACACCCAGGUCUUGAAUAUGGAGCACCAUCUAAUGCAAUUUCUCAAGAGUACGGCGCUCCAGUUCACCAGAGUCUCGGCUCGGAGUAUGGAGUUCCUCCGGUACCAGAAUAUGGUAUUCCACCAGCGUAUCCUGACCCUCGUCAUCCAAGUGGCCCGGCUGGCGCUUACAGUGAACCAAAUCCUGACGUGGUUCCCGCACCCCAAGCUCAAACUUCAUCAUCUUCACCGAGCUCAACCCCAGGAGACUCUACAGCUAGCAGCCCACCCCAAAGCGGCCAAGAUGGUGCUCAUCUAGGUCCUCCUCCACUACCUGGUCAUCUUGGAGCUUACCAAACUGUAAAGAGGAAAGGAACCGUCGGUUCGGAUGAAUUGGAAGGAAAUCUUGCGACUCUUGGUGGUCGACCAAGAUCAGUUGAGGGAUUACCAGCUGAACUCAGAGGUGCUAGGAAGCGCCGACACCUUGACACAAUGGAAUUCGACCCAAAUGUUUUCCACACCGUGCAAAUAGUAUCGUCGCACGUUUACAAACGGGCCGCCCAAGAAAUGACGGAUGUCAACACGUCAAGAAUAAUCCAAGUAGUUUCACCGGAAGACGUAAACUUUGCAUUAGGAACAAACAACACCAAUAAUGAUACAACAGUAGUGAUCCAAAAUGCAAAUUUGCAUCCAGAUUCCGAGACUAUCUGUAUGUCUUUAACCGGGUUCAUUUGUGGCAUCGUAAUGCUUCUUCUCGUGGCUGCAGUCGCCUCGAUAGUAGCGGCUUUCCUUUUUAUGCGCGUCAGGGAAAUCGACUCCAAAAAUACCAACGUCAACACUUACGGUCAUCCGGUUUACGCUAAAAAUUGUCCGUCCAACCCGGAAUUCGUAAAAGUAACACACUGA